AUGUUAAAAAUAGCUAUAGUACUACGGUUGACUUCACUCGUUGUAUUUGGCGCGAACUUAGAUACAGGGUUCCUUCAAACUGUUAUAGUGGACUAUUCCGAGUUGGCGACUGAAGCCGAAGUUAACAAAAACAAUAUUUUAGAGUUUCUGAAUAAGACUCAAGUUCAGCAACGAUAUAGAAUAAAGUACGAAACUUUACUGGAUAAACUCACGGGUAAUCUCAGCGUGAAUAAUAAUCGAAGAGGGUCCACCAGACGCAUAGUCUCUGGCAAGAACACCUCCAUAGCAGCUGUACCGUGGCAGGCGUCUAUACGAGAGAAAACAUACCCCAUCUGCGGUGGUUCGGUUGUGACUGAAUAUUGGAUACUGACCGCUGCACAUUGCUUGCUGAGAGCGCAAGCCGCAGACCUGACAGUCCGUCUAGGAUCCUCCUGGAAGUCCCACGGCGGCGAGAUGUAUGACGUCAAAGAGUCCCACGUGCACCCGCGCUACGUCAGCAGCACAAAGAUCAACGAUGCUGGUCUGGUGAAGCUGUACACACCGCUGAGGUUCUCAUCCAGGGUCCUGCCGAUCCGGAUAGCUAUGAGAGAGAGCAGGCUCCCGGCUAAUCAAGUCGCGAUUGUGUCGGGGUGGGGGAAAUUAAGGGAAGGAGGUCCCGGAGCAACCUUCUUACAAUCAGCUAGUAUAAAGACGAUGGCCAUGAAGCUGUGCCGACAGUCUGGUCUGGAGAAGAAGUCAAUAGAUCCUGCUAGCAUGUUCUGCGCGGGUUCCUUUACACAACCAGCCCCUGAUGCUUGUCAGGGAGACAGCGGCGGUCCUAUAGUAUCCGAGGGGACCCUGAUCGGCGUUGUUUCGUGGGGACUAGGGUGUGCCCGGGGCAACUUCCCGGGCGUGUACACUAGACUCGCACACCCCGUCAUAUGGGACUGGAUUCAUGGACACAUUACUAAAAAACCUGACACUAAUGUCACAUUUUAAUUAUAUUAUUUUUGUAGGUACGGUCUAUAAAUAUGUGUAAGUGUGAUGUAUUUAUAGUCUGCACCUAAACUUAACCCCUAACUUCGGGUAUA